AACUUUAUUCUAAUCUAAUGAGAAUAUCUGGUGCUCUCUCCAUCUGCGCUAUUUUAAGUACAUUGACUAUUCAAGUAUUUGCUGCUGCUGUCGUACCACCCACAGCGCAAAACGCUGCAUUACCAGCACAAGCCGCAGUACCACACCCACCAGCACAAGUACAAGCACAAUCAUUACAGCCUGAAUAUAUUGCACUACCCGUGUAUGUUAAAGUGCCAGGAUAUGCAGGCGGAGAGCCUUCUUACCAACAACUGUAUUCACCUGCUAAUGUUCAUACACCGGCUUCUGCACCCGGUGCUCAAUUACCAGCAACAAUGGGUGGACAAUUCCCUGCUGCCCCAGGCAUCCAAGUAUCACCGGCUCCUCCCGCUCUCACUGGUCAGCCACCUGUACCUCCUCAAACUCAAGUAUCUCCUCCCGCCCAAGUUCAGGCUGCUCCCGUCAAGGCUCAAGUCGCUCCCGUACAAGCAGCGCCACCUGCUCCGGCACAGGUACAACCAGCAGCUGCAGCACCUGCCGUUGCUGCUGCUGCUAGUGGUGCCCCUGUCAGUUCAUCUGCAGGACUUGAGUGUAAAUGUCCCGCUGGACAAACACCUACCAUGUUUGCCGGACUCUGUAUAUGUGGAGAUUGUGGCAAAGUGUCCCCUGGAGUGAAAUCAUACAAUACGAGUUGUCCCGAUGAAAAGUUUGCGGCGUUUAACUUGGGACUUGAGAAGGAGUGUAAAGAGAUUGAGAAUACAGAAGAUUGUGAAUUUUUCAAAAAGUCACCUGGAGCUCUUACCGAUGAUUAUAAGCGGUGUAGAGAUCAACUUGAUUCGAUUAUGGAUGACUGUGAAAAUGAUGCCAAAUGCUGUAGUACGAUGGUUAAGCCUGGAGCACCAGCUCCUGCCGAUGAUUAGAGAGGGGGAAAAGGGAGUAACUUUUUGUAUAGCGUGCUUUUUUUUUUAAAAAAAAAUCAAAUAAUAAAAUCAUCAUCAUGUCC